AUAUCGAUUGGAAGAGAAUGAGACAAUCGAUUGUAAAGAGCAUGGCGGUUAAGCUGUGAAAGGAAUUACAAUCAUUCUGGUUAAAUUGUUUUUCUCUCAUUUUCUGUAAUUUAAAUCUAAUUGUUGGCUUAUUGAUUAAUCUAUUUUAUUCUCUUUGUUGUUGUUGGCGAUGUUCAAUUGUUUGGGCGCUUCGUUUUAGAAUUAAUAUCAUCAAUUAAUUGGUUAUUUUACUCAAUGGAUUCAUUUAAGCUUAGUUACUCUGAAGUUUCCACUUACCAUCUUCAUGCUUCAUCCAAAGGGGAGAUUUCACUUGAUAUUGGUGCCAAUCAAAGUACUCUUCAGGAUUACAAGUUAGCUGAAAGUGUUGGUUUCUACUGUUACAAGGAUAGUAAUGUUUGGUCAUCUUCAACCAGUAAUAGAUUCAUUUAUUGGCGAAGUAACAAUGAUUAUAUCCAAUUUUAUGAAACAUCAUUAGACUUCAAUCUUGCUCGAAAUCAUGUUCAAUUAAGAUUUCACAAUACACCAAUUUUGGACGGUGUUAGUGUCCAUGAGAUUGGUGAUCAUGUUAUUAUACUUUUGGCAACUGUUGCAUCAAUUCAUCGCAUCACCUUAAAUCAUCCUAGAAAACUUGGAACUGUACUUGUUGACACGGUGCGAAAUGGUUCUAACAUUCUGCCUCAUAGUCAAUCCAGUAUUAAUCCUAGUGAUUUACACACUAGAAAAUCCAUUUUCUAUGAUCUUAAUGCUGCCAAUUUACGGGAUCCUGAAAGUUACCAUGUUCUCAAUAAUUCUUUCAAUCUUGGAGUUUCUCUUUCAUCAUCAGACCUUCCUUUUCCAGUUAGAUCAUGUUCCUGGUUAAAUUCAGUUGGUGAAUCUUAUUUCGCAUUAGCUGAUUAUAAUGGAAAUAUUUCCAUUAUUAAGAUGACCCCAUGUUCAUCAGGAAAAGUAACUGUUUACAACCUAAAGCAAACUGGAUUAAUCAAAAGCUUAUUCUAUAAUCUGGUUCCCUCGGUAAUCUCAAGAGGUAAUCAAGAAAAUGAACAAGCAGCCCUAAGCAUCCUUUGGCACCGCCCUUUGUCCAGUGAUGAUGACCUCAUGAUUACCUUAUGUCGUGAUUUAAAAAUACGUAUUUGGUCCUGUGCUAAACAAGAUUAUAUUGUAGUAGAAAGUGUUCUUGAAUCUUACCAAGAUAUUUCAUCAACCUAUCCCAGCUCAUUAAAUCAAAAAUCAGCUAAUGAUCCCAUGAUUGUUACUAGACCCGUUUUGAAAAAAGAUUCAGCAGCGGAUUCCAGUGAUGAGUUAUUCUUAGCUACUUUUGUUCCCACGGCCUCUGGAAGAAAAUUCAUCAUCUACAAACUUUACUCAUUUGGUGAAAAUUUAAAUUUAAAAGUAGUCACAUCAAUUGAUGCCCUUCAAGAAGAUUUAGUUGAUUUUGCCUUCACCCAAACAACCCUUUGGGCUCUUUGGCUUGACGCUGAAAGCGAGGUGUCACUUUCACAUUGGGAGAUCAAUCGUGAGUCUCCUUGUUGGCAAAGUGUUACAAUGUACAGUCAUUUUCAACCUCCAAUUAAUGUUAAAUCCAUGUUAAUCAGUCCAAAAAAACUUUUCACUGAGAAAAUUUUCAAAAAAGGAAAAUUCUCUUCACAAACCAUUGCCAAAGCUAUAAGUACUUUAAAUCGUACCCAUGAAUCAUAUUAUUCUUGCUUAAAUACUGAAGCAUUAAUAGAAGAAGUAACCAAUGCUGUCGAGAGCAGGUUACGAAAUCGACCUGGAAUUAAUGAGUUAUCUCCUGAAUUUUAUGCCAAUUUAGAAUGUGAAUUAUGGAAUGAGUUUUAUUCUUAUUGUCUUCAAUACCACAAUGUGUUCAACAAACCUCUUGGACUUUUCAUGGAUUCACAAACAGGAUUAACUGGAAUAUUACGAGUCUCAAGUGUAUCAUAUCUUCGAGCUAAUGAUUCUAUUGAUCACGUUCUUCUUUCACAAGUCCAUUCACCUAGUUAUACAAUUUCCAAUAUUCUUACAGAUGACAUUUCCCUUGAAACCAGUUUACAAGUUUUACUACAAUUUAUCAAGACAAUCAACAGUUACCUCGAUGAAGAUGCUUUUCUUCAACUUGAAAUGUGUUGCUCAUCAGAAGAACCAAUCGAACAAGUUUAUCGUGAUAUAGCUAAUAAAUAUCUUCUAUCUUCUGACCAAUGUGAUAUUGAAUCCGUCAAAUCAUCAGGUCUAUUGUCAUCAGUUGAAGAUGCUCUUGAAAUUUCACCUCGACUUUUGGAUGCCAUUGAACUAGUUUUACGAGUUUUAAACUUAGAAUCUAAAGAUCAACCCGAUGAAAUUAUGGAAUCAUCAACUGAGAUGGCUCAACAAUCUUUGGAUCAAUUUUUAAGUGGGAAUAUUGGAACUUGUGUACUAACUGAAAGUAUCAAGCAAAUGUGUCGACUUCGUUAUGAAUUUUGUCGUGAUCUCUUUCUUUUCCAACUUCUUCUUCGUUCAUCAACCAUUAAUUCAACCGACUAUGAGCGGUUAAGUGAUUCAUUGGAAAACUUGAUAUCUAUCAACAAGUUGUGUCUUCGAUCGUAUUUCUCAAUGACUUGGCUUUGUGAGACAAGUAUGUCACUUAAAGAUAGUACAUUCCUUGGAAUCGAAAACACCGUCACCCUUUUAGCAACACUUGAACUCCAUGAAUUUAUCAACGUUAAUCGUAAUCCACCGACACCUAAUGCAUUAGUACACGAUUUUGCACCUAAAUCAAUCAUUGCCUAUCUCAUUGGUCAUAAGAAAUGUUCAUCAGCUCGUAAACUUUUAUCUUCACGUUUGGAAGAUGUCAUAGAACCGGAAGAUUGUCAAACUUGGGUAGCAAUCCAACCAUUCCUGGUUCAAGCCAUUGGAUCAAUCAUAUGGCCUACUUCUUACUCAUCAUAUGUGCUCCGUUUCUUACUUGGUUACGAGCAAUUUGAUAUGAUUGACCAAUACUCCAAAAUUUUGGACUCUUGGUGCGAUCAUAGUAUAUCCAGUCGUCGAUUUGUCAUGGGAAUAACUCAACUUUUCUUUGGUGAACCUAAAAAAUCCGUUGGUUUUUUCCAUCAAGCAUUACAUGGACUUUUGGAAGAAUCUUUUCUACAGAAAAUAUUUCUUGCCAAUGUUCCUAGUGCAUCAUCGAUUGAACGAAAAUCAAGUGACUCACUUACCAAUGCUGAGAUAACAUCAUAUUUCAACAAACUGUUUCGUUUGUGUCGAUUACACUCUCUCAAUGAUAUAAUUCUUGAUCUUGCUCUUGGAGCGAUUGAUUUGCUAGAUGAAAGUGAAGCCUCUUACAAUCAACAUUUCUCUUCAUUCAUGACAACUAUCUUCAUGUGUCAUCUAGAAUUUGGUAACACUGCUGAUGCUUUUUGUUCAAUGUUACUCAAUCCUUCACCAAUCCAACGGAAAGACUGUCUUCGUCAAUUUACCGUUAAAUUGUAUGAAAAACAAGCGAUCGCUGAAAUGAUCAACUAUCGCUAUGAUGAAAUGGAAGAUGACUUCAUUAGUAUACUCGAAUUCCGAGCUCGAUCAACUGAUCUUCUUCAGACCGAGAAAAAAGUUGAUUUCUAUGAAAUAUUGUACGCAUACUUUGUAAAGGGAGAUAAUUAUCGUAAAUCAGCAUCUAUCAUCUACGAAUAUGCUAAAAGAUUAUGUCAAGAAGUAAAUGGAGUUGAAAGUCUAAAGAAACAAGCUCGAUGUUUACUGUUAGCUAUUAACUCACUUAAAUUGAUCGAUCCCAAAUAUGCUUGGAUUAUUCAGCCAACCAUCAAAGUAGCAGUUAACUUACCUUAUGGAAGGUCAACAUCAUCUGUUUCCUCGUCAAUCAAACGUAAACAUGGUCUAGAUGAUGUUCAAGAAUCACAAACAAUGGAAACCAUGACCUGUAAAGAGAUUCAAGUUUUAAGCAUCGAAGACAUUGAGAAAGAAUAUGAAUUGACUAAUGCUCGAUAUAAGCUAUUGGAAAAAAGUGUUAAACUAAACUCAAUUGCAUCAACACCUUUAUCAGCUGAGGAAACUGUUACUAUUCUAAUCUCGAACCUUUUAUUUGACCUUGCCUUCCAAUUGAGUACUCGUUUCAAUUUACCCUAUGAACCGAUUCUCGAAGGACUAGUAAGCAAAUAUGUUUACCUCACCGAGUUACCCUUCCGAAAGAUGAGUUUGGAAGCAGGUCUCAUGGAGAUUAACGAAUGCUUCAUAGAAAAUGAUACUGCAUCUUUGAGUUUCAUUGCCAAUGCUGAGAUGCCAGCGAUUGAUAAGUUACUUUUCCUCAUAUUGGCCUACAUUGAGAAGUACGAGCAAGGUAAACAAUCUCGUCUCCAUAAAUGUGUCGCUGAGAAACUCUUGGAAUCAGGAAUACCUCUCCCCGCACCACUGAAACUUUCAUACCAAAAACGUAAUUCGCCUGAGCUUCUAUUUAUUCUAAUGAGUUACGAUUAUAUCGAAGAUGCAUACAACUUCUCUUUAGAACUUAUUGAUGGUUAUCUUGGUCAAGGAACUGAGUAUUUCGAUAUUCAGGCUCCUGUCAUGGGUAGUAAACAAAUUGUUUACUUUCCACACCAACACAUAAAGUGUCUUUUAAAAAUCCUCGAUACGGAAAAAGAAGAUUCCAAAGAUUAUGAAGAGUUUUCAAAACAACUAAGAGAAAAAUGGAACAAGUAUAAAGAGUUGAUCCAGUCUUGCCAUCAAAUCACUUCGAGAUGAGGAUUUUCAACAAUCAUUUUUUUUCUUGUUAAAUCAAGUUUAUUCUUAUAAUUAUGAAAAACUGAAAAAUAAAUUCUUUCCCAGCUUUUCCCUCACAUAUAA